UACACAAGAAAUCUUAUCAGUAUAUUAAUACGAGCACGUGUUAUACUGAGGAAAACAUUAAAAUAAUCUUUUAGUAUAUUAUUAUUAUAAAUUAUAAAUUUUGAGUCUUUAAAUAGUUGUAUUAGUUUUAUUUUUAUAUGCAAUGGCUAAAAAAGGUCUUAAAAGAAAAUUAAAAACUGAUGAAGUGUCAAAUGAAAAACCUAAAGUAGUUUUACCUUUAAUACGUCGGUCUGAUGAACCAAUUCCUAAAAAAGUAAAAUGGAUCAAUAAAGAAAGAAUUUUAGUGUUUGCUACUCGUGGUAUAAGUUUUCAACAUCGUCACUUAAUGAAAGAUGUUAUUAAAAUGUUACCUCAUUCAAAGCCAGCUAACAAAAUGGAAAGGAAAGAAAACUUAUUUGUUAUUAAUGAAAUGUGUAAAAUGGCAAACUGCAAUAAAUGCAUUUUAUUUGAUGGGAGGCUUCAAAGAGAUUUAUACAUGUGGUUUGCCAACAUUUCAGAUGGUCCAAGUGUAAAAUUCCAUGUAGAAAGUAUUUAUACAAGUGCUGAACUGAAAUUAACUGGAAAUUGCUUAAAAGGAUCUAGACCAAUACUAUCAUUUGAUAAAUCUUUUGAUGAAUAUCCUCAGUAUGCAUUAUUAAGGGAAAUGUUUAUUCAAAUUUUUGGUGUACCAAAUUAUCACCCUAAAAGCCAACCUUUUGUUGAUAAUGUACUUAACUUUUCUGUAUUGGAUAAUAGAAUUUGGUUUAGAAAUUAUCAAAUUUUAGAUAACAAUGGAGCCAUUGCAGAAAUCGGACCAAGAUUUGUUUUACAACCAAUCCGGAUUUUCAAAGGUAGUUUUAGUGGCGAAACACUUUGGGAAAAUCCAUUUUAUAUUACUCCAGCUAAGACUAGACGUUUGCUUAAAGAAAGCAAGAAAGAUAAAUAUACCAAUAAUAAGAUUCAGCGUAAGGCUAAGAAAACUAAAGAACUCUUGAAAUCAUAUAGAGUUAAACCAGAAGUUGAGAUGUUUAGAGAUGGAAAUAUAAAGGAAAAGGCUAUUAAAUUGUUAGCGAAAGAUAAGAAAUCUGUAUUAUAACAAGUGUAAUUUGUUUUUUAUAUUUGAUCUAAUAUACAUAUUAAAAUCUGUAAUAAAUUGAAAUAAAAUAUUUGUUUUUAAUUA